AUGGAUGAAACGGAUACGACAGAUAACAGCUUCCGUGCAACGAUCAUACAUCAACUUGAACGUCGAAAUAUUAUAUGCAGACAGUUCGAUUCCUUGUUCACUUCUUAUUGUGAACUAACAGAGUAUGUAGCGAAUGUUGCACGUAACGGUCGUAUACGUCACGGCUCGAGUGCUUCAUUAGCAGGAAGCUCGGAUCGCACGUUGGAACUGGAAGCUGAGCUUGCAGAUCUUUACCGUAAAAAGGAGCAAAAUGAUCAACAGUUGAUUGAAACAAACAAUCGUUUGGAAGUUGUUGUUCGAGAACUAAGCGCAGUUAGUAUUGUAAAAGAAGAGUGUCAAAAGGAGAAUCAAAAGUUGAAGAAAAAAUUGAAAGAAAAAGAAGAGGAAUUAACUGCAUUAAAAGAAGCAAACAUUUUUUUAAAGGAUGAACAUUUUGCUUUGCAGGCAAGUUAUAAUAGCAUCGAAAACAAAUAUCGAGAAGCACAGGAGGAACGAAAUAAUCUGGUUGAUCGAAUAAAGGAUCUUAAAGAGAAAGAAGUCCAGUGGUUUAAUGAACAAAAUGAACGAGAGCAAGAGGAACAUCGUCGCCGUUUAGCAGCCGAUAUUGAGUCUGCACUAACCAUGUCACACAACAACGAGGACAAAACGUAUGGAUUUGAAAUUAUCAACAAUACAAAUCAAGUCGUUGAUUAUAAAGGCGACAUUAUUCCUGGUCACUGUAAAACAAAACUGGAUUAUGGCGAUGAUAUUAACGAUAUUCUUUGGCAUCCCAGUGGUAACAUGUUUGCGGGAGGCGGUGGCGAUCAUAAACUUCGUUUAUACAAAGUAGUAAAUGACAAAUUUGAAAAAAUUGUUUCUUUGGCUGGUUCAAAUGAAUCAGUACUACGGAUAGAUUUCGCAGCCGAAACCAAUCAAGUUCUCGGAGCUGGCAAUGAUAAUGCCGUUCGUAUUUGGGGAACAGAUAACCAUGUAGUCAAGCACUCGUUAACAGGACAUGGAAAUAAGGUAUCAUCUGCUAAAUUUUUUCACGAUGGUUUACAAGUUGUAUCUGGAUCUUAUGACAGAACAUUUAAACUAUGGGACUUAAAAACUGCCAAGUGUUUGAGAACAUAUUUUACUAAUUCAGUGGUAUAUGACAUAACUUCGAGUGACAAGAAUGGAAUGGUAGCUAGUGGUCAUUACGAUCGUAAAGUACGGUUCUGGGAUAUAAGACUCAAUGAACCGGUUCGUGUAGUCGAACUCGCCAACAAAGUUACAUCACUGGUUCUGUCGUUUGACUCUUCCGUUGUACUUGCAUCAGCACGAGACGAAACAAUGUCAUUGAUCGACCUACGUUCGUACCAAAUUGUUCAUAUAUACAGUGCUGAUCAGUAUCGGACAGGAAGUGAUCACAUUCGUUGUGCGAUAAGUCCUGGAAUGGAAUACAUCGCAUCUGGGUCUAGUGAUGGGUCCAUUUUUAUUUGGAAUCUGAAAACAACCAAGCUUGAAAAAACACUUCAAAAGGGUGGACAUGAGCGAGGCGUGCAUUCAGUUUCGUGGCAUCCCAAAGGAAAUAUGUUACUUAGUGCAGGAAAGGAAAAAACUGUUUGCUUAUGGACUGUUUGA